GGUCUUCAUGUUAAAACUAGGGUUACAGUUUAGACUUCUGCGGCUUCUGGUUUUUGGUUACCGAUCUUCUGCAGCCGAAAAUGCCUUCACACAAGACCUUCAGGAUCAAGAAGAAGCUCGCGAAGAAGAUGAGGCAGAACAGGCCCAUUCCUUACUGGAUUCGGAUGAGGACCGACAACACCAUCAGGUAUAAUGCUAAGCGCAGGCACUGGCGCCGCACCAAGCUCGGGUUCUAAGAUGGAUGUAUCUGUUAUUACUGGUUAAAGCAGUUUUUAUUAUUUAUAUGUGAUGUUGAAAGAUUGUAGCUUUAACCAUGCGUUGACGCUAGCGGGAUAAUGAGUAGAGAUUUUGACGAGUGUGUGUUUUUCCGUUAUGUAUUUUUCACUCUGGAAUAACUCUUAUGGCUAUUAAUGUGAAAUUUGGUUUUAACCUGCUCUUUUUAAUCAUUGAUGGAAGUUUUCUUA